CAAAACAACAUGGCGGUCUUUACUGCCUCAGCAACCCUUCCAGUUUUCAGAACAAGUUUAUUUAUGUUUAAAUGCGUUUGUAGAAAAUCACCUUUAGCUGAUGAGGUGGUCCUUGCGCGCCACAUAUGCGGAUCGACCAUCAGGACUAGAACGACUUGGUUUGAUCGUCAAAAAGGCUCUCAAAAUUGCACCGCGCGACGCACGAAAGUAGAAUUUGCGCCUGGACCAAAUACAUUCCAAAGAACUCAAUCGACGUUUACAGAAAACAACUCUUCUCCUAGCACCAGGUGUACCCCGGAGUUGAUUAAAUUGCCGUGGAGUGUCCAACUAGGACACUUCCAGGCAAAAGGAAGCAGGUGCUAUCAUUCUCGACGGCAGCUGAAUACGGCUAACUUUGUGGACAGUUGCCCUCCUGGCGCACAGCCGUAUCUACGGUUGAUUCGUCUCGAUAAACCCAUAGGAACAUGGCUCUUGUACUUGCCAUGCACAUGGAGCAUAGGGCUUGCAGCUCCCGCAGGCUCCUUACCAGAUCUCAAAUUGUUGACCCUUUUUGGAGUAGGGGCCUUGGUGAUGAGAGGGGCGGGGUGCACCAUCAAUGACAUGUGGGAUGUUGACUUUGAUAAGAAGGUGAGCAGGUGGAACAACUCUAGGAGUUGCAAGGAGAUUUUCAAAGGUUUGACCUGAUCUCAAAUUCACGUCAACUCUUGUGAUGGUCCUCAAAAUCUUAAAAGUAGUGCUGUUGCAAUUUACUUUGGUUUUGAAGCCUCAAGGAGUGAAAGUUCUGAAAGACUGGAAUUUUUUUUUCAGCCCAGGGUCUUGGUCAAUAGCAGCUAGAAUAGGUUAAUGUAAGAUUGUUAUUGUGAAAAUCUGUGUACGGGUCUCUGUGAAUAGGGCACAUGGAGUAAGCUGAGUUACAAUAAGGUAAUAAUUAUAUGAAGGAGUUGUGGGACUAAAAUUGUUAGGUCCCAGUCUAAGAUUUUCAAACAGAGGUCUCAACAUCUUAGGGAGACUGAGAUUUUACUAUUUACAGCUCCUGUGUCUGUAAUGCUUGUGUCUCCCACAGGAUGUCCUAAAAAAAAAUUCAGAUAAAAUCCUUAACCCUUUCACCCCCAAGAGUGUCUGGCUUAUAAUUUGUCCUUACAGUAUCACUCUUGAAUCAAAUGUGAAGGUUAUGAGAUUGAAAGAAACGAUUUCCAAUUCAAGAAGCUCCAGACUGUCAAGAAAAUUUCCUUGUCAGUACUAUAGGAAAUGUUAAGAGCACAGUGUGGGGGAUAUAAAUGCUUAUGUUAGGCAUGAGUGUGGGUAUGUUCCUAGAAUUUGAUUGGAUAUCUUCUGAUCAGGGAAAUUUCUGAUUGUUACAUUUAGGUUACUAGAACCAUUUCCAGACCUCUGGCUGCUGGAUCUCUUACACGUUUCCAAGCAUUGGUGUUUCUUGGAGCCCAACUAAGUGUUGGUCUGUCUGUAUUACUCUCUCUAAACAACUACAGGUAUUAAAAAAUCACCACUCAGUUAUUAAGUGAUAAUAAAUUUUUUAUUGAAACAACAUACUGGUACAUCUCUCUAGAAUUUUUAUUGCAAUGCUGAUGACUAAUUAUUAGAUUUUGAAACUUAAUCAAACUUGAUAGAUACUCAGUAUUUUUAAACAUCUUUCUUAUUCUGCUUAUACACAUGACGCUUCUGUCAUUGCUGACCCCAGCAGUAUGCCGGACAAGUUCUCUAUAGAGCUUUGGAGCAAAAAAACAUAGGUGUGAAAUUCGAUUCCUUAUGUAGAUGCAGACUUUUCUUUCUCUCUCCCACAUUUGCAACAAGAGGGAAAAACAGUUUUCUUUAAAUUUUAAAACUGCCUCCCUUAAUUUUUUUUUCUUGAUCUGAACACAGUAUUAUCCUUGGAGCUGCAUCUCUUGGACUUGUUGUCACAUAUCCUUUGAUGAAGAGAAUCACUUACUGGCCACAAGCCUUCCUUGGUAUGCUGAUUUACUAAUUCUUCAUAAUUCACUAAAAAAGCAAAAAAUUAGGUUAAGGGCACCCUGAAGGGAACUUGAAGGAGUACUAUAAAUUAGGAGCUGAAAGAGAACAAGUUAUUUCUUGUCCUAGAUCACAGGGUGUCCUGCCCAGCUUAUCUGAUAGUCGCAAUUUGGUGACCCUAAAUCAGAAAGUGGUGGUCAAAAAUUUUUAAAAAAAUUGCUUGACAAUCAAGCAGAAAGUCAUUUUUUUUUGUUAAAGAAAGAAGAUCAUUUUAUUGAAAUAUUUAAAUCAAUUUAAGGUAAAAACACUUUCAUUGUUAGUAAAAAAGAAAAGAUGUAGUUUGGCUCUUGCUACCAUAUACUUUUGCAUCUGCAAAUUUAGUAGCCAAUUGAAAGUAUUUUGCUACUUGCCUUGGAGAGAAAUUAGGCACUGCAUAGAGUGCUGUAAGAAUUGUGAGCAUGACACUUGUCAUAUAUUGUUGUGAUAUACUUUCUAGCUGCUGAACACUAUGAAGUUAACUAAAACUUAUCUAUAUUUUAAAUCAGGGAUGACGUUUAAUUGGGGUGCUCUGCUUGGCUAUGCUGCAGUUCAAGGAAGCUGUGAUUGGUCUGUCUGUUUGCCAUUGUACAUUGCAGGAAUUAAUUGGACACUCAUUUAUGACACUAUCUAUGCCCAUCAGGUUAGUGUAGUGAAAUAAAAAUUAGAACAAUUCUCUCUGCUAAAGAAUUUUGGUAAUUCUGUCAACAGUAGUCCAAGUUUGGAAAUAUAUGGUUGAUUUCCAUUUGAGGCCUAAUUGUGAAGAGAUGUGAGAAAGAAAGAUGUGAGCCACAUGUCAUUGAUGGUGCACCCCGCCCCUCUCAUCAUCAAGGCCCCUACUCCAAAAAGGGUCAACAAUUUUAGAUCUGGUAAGGAGCCUGCGGGAGCUGCAAGAGAUGUGAGAAGGAGAUGGGAAUCAAGUUGUCUUCUCAGGGUUCAUUCAUUAACACCUGAGUACUAUACCUCUCUUGAUAUGAAAUAAAUUUUAUCCUGGGUGGAUGGUGUUUUUUUUUUUUUUCUGCUUCAAAAUCAAUAGAGAAUACUGUGUCUUCUACAAUGAUCAGCAAUUUUAUUCCUAAAUUCCAUUCAAUAAUUAUGGGUUAAAAAAUUUCCUUCUGCCCAUGAUUUUAACAUCUUCUUAGGUCAUCAUAGUGUAAGGAACCAAUGAUCAUUUUAGGACAUCCAUCACCUGGACAAUUACACCACACAAAUGAAUGAAAUCUGAACCCUUCAGCAAUGUUUUGUUGAUAUCUUUCACACAGGAUAAGGAUGAUGAUGUCUUAAUUGGUGUCAAGUCCACAGCAUUGCUAUUUGGAGAUCAAACAAAGCCUUGGCUAACAGGAUUUAGUGUGGUUAUGCUUAGCAGCCUCAUUCUUGCUGGAAUGAACAGUGAUCAGGCUUGGCCAUACUAUCUGGGACUGGGCUGUGUUUCUUCCCAUCUGGCAUGGCAGGUAAGGGAAACACGAUUAACUUAACCUGGAGUUAGUGUUAGCUUUUAAUUCAGUAUAAUAGCUUCGCAAAGGGAUUUUCUUUCUGUAUUUUUACCCAUUGGUCUUGAGUCAUAUUAAGAUCAGCCCCCAAAAACCCUUAGCUUUUACACAAGCACAUGUACAUGAGAAAUUAAAGCUAAGGUUAAAUUUUAAUCUCAGGUGAAUGUUAACCCCCUUUUGAACAAGUGGCCCUGAAUUUAUAGGUGUGUGAACCAAGGGCACAAGUGAAUUCAAGAAGUGGCAAUCAUAUAGCCUGAGCAAUUAAAAAUGUGGUUCUGUGGUCUUAUGUAGCGCACUCUAUAAGUCCUUAGGGUACUUCUCCAACUAGGGCCCAGUUAUUCAAAGGGUGAAUGAUGCUAUCCAAUAGAUAAGUUUCUAUCCAGUGGUUGAGUGUCAACAAGAGAUGCCGCACUAUCACUAGAUAGAGAUUUAUCCAGUAGAUACAGGGUUUGUAUGGGUCCUGGAAAACCUGGAAAGUCCUGGAAUUUUACUUUGACAUUUUCCAGGACUGGAAGCUCAGGUCGAAGACUAUAGGUCCUGAAAUGCCUGGAAAUCUGCUUAACUCGAGUAAUAAAGUUUUCAGAAUUUACGUUAUAAGAAAUGUAUGAAGACUGUAAGGAGAAUUGAUUUUGAAAUUUUGGGAAUGAGAGGGUUCAAGGUAAAAUUUGGAGUCCUGGAAAAAUCAAUCUGAGUCCUGGAAAAGUCUUUGAAAUUCAUUUCUGAAAAUGGGUAUGAACCCUGUAGAUAAGGCUAUCCAGCUUUAAAAGAACUAUAAGAAAGGAUGAUUAAAGGGUAUGUAUCAGGUAUUAGGGAAGAUAGGCAUAUACAAGAGGGCAAGUUGCUGCAAAUGGUCUCCACUGCCAGUUUUUUGUGCCUGGUUCACUGGAUCAUUAUGAAGAAUGAGGAACUCAUUAGCCAACAUAGCUAGGGUGUCUUUUCAAAACUCUGACACCUAAGAACAGUAUUCCUUCACUAUAUCCUAAUCAAAAUAAUGUUUAUGGAAGUAACACGUCUUGAGCAAACUCAGACAGAUUUUGUGAAAAUUUUUUUUCAGAUUAAGACUGUAAAUCUCUCCAAUUCUGCUGAUUGCUUAUCAAAGUUCAAGUCCAAUAAGUGGCUUGGGUUGAUUUUGUUUGCUGGUGUUGUGGCUGGUAGUAUUGUCAAGAAAACAAGAGAGAAAGAAGAAACUGAAGAGGCAAGAAACAAACCAAAGUUAUAG